AUGGUUGCUGAUCCAGUAGAUGCUACACUUCUGACAUUGAAUUAUUAUUACUAUAAAACCAGUAAUUAUGUCGCCACACAACAAAAUAAGAUAACCAAAUCGGAAUACUUUGAUAAAAUUUACCAAUUGAAUCCUUUCAGUCAGUCGAUAUAUGAAAAGGAUAUACCAAAAGGUGCAAGCGAUCCACUUUAUGAAAAGAUUUUGAAUCAUGUGAAGAGCCAUCAAAUCCAAUAUCUAUCUCUUUUUACAAUCGGUAUAGGAAUACCUUCACUCGUUUAUUUCAAAUCCAAACUUACCGAUGACUUACAGUCAUCUACAAGAACUAGGAGGAGAGUUCCAAAACUAUCCAACGGGGCCCGGAAAGAUGUUGUUUUAGUUGUUGGAUCCCCAACAGAACCAUUGACCAGACUAAUUGCUUUAGAUUUCGAAAAACGAGGAUUUAUAGUUUAUUUAACAAUCUUAGAUCAAAAAGAUUUGAAAUAUGUCGAAUCUAAUCCUAUAACUGAUGACAUAAAUUAUAUCAACUUUGCUGAUUCAUUCAGUUAUGAGAUACAAUUGGCUAAAUUUAAAAAUUUACUCAAUAUCCCUGUCACACCAUUUACAGGAGCUCAAGCACAUAAGUUAAACUUGAAAGCAGUUGUCUUCACUCCUAACUUAUAUUUCCCAAUAGGACCAAUUGAAAAUAUCAGCAUAUCAUCCUGGAAUAGAAUUAAUGAAAGACUUCUGGUUUAUUUGAAGAUAUUUUCUUCUGGUUUAAUUGACUUGAUGAGACAUCAAAAGACAAAGACUAUUUUAAUGACUACAAAUAUUAUAAGCUCACUCGACAUGCCAUACCACGCACCAGAGACAAUCUUCCAAAACAGCUUGCGUCACCUUUUCACAGCAUUAUCUAGAGAAAUUAAACACCAGGGACUUUCGGUGACCCAAUUAAGACUUGGUAAUUUGAAUGUUACCAACAAUCAAAAUGGUAACGCUAAAAUAAGCACAAUUGUGAACUCUGAAAUCAGAAAUUGGACUGAUGAUAUGAAAGCCUUAUACGGAAAUACUUUCGCCAAAUCAGAAAAAGGUUCUAGUCCAAUCAAAUCAGCAGGUAAAGGUACAAGCUUAAGAGAACUUUAUCACACUCUAUUCGAUAUAAUUUAUAGCUCUAACAAUAAGUCUUCGGUGGUUUACUGCGGAACAGGUGCAAGAGCAUACGACAGAGUGGCAAGAUACAUUCCCGAAUGUAUAAUUGACUUGUUUGUAAGUUAAACUCCUCCAAAUAAAUAGCCUUAAUCAUAAAAUUGCAGUAAUUCAUGUAUUUGUGUG